AUCACAGGAAUGGGACACUAUACAUGAAGGAGCUUUUCGGUUGUUCGAAGGUUCAACAAUGUUUGUGUAUUUCAACUUCAUCAUUAACAAGAAAAAUGGGCUAAAGCCAAAUAAGCUCCCGCGUCCUGCAGAUAUCGCUUGGCACUAUAUGAGUGCAUUUGCGCACAAGGAGCUGUCUAAUAAGCAUAUCUCGGAACAACAGUUGGAGGCUAUCUACUUAGCUCUGUUCUUUAUCGUUUCCCCUUGUAUUGCGCUGACGUACGCAAACGGUAGCUACCUUAUUUUACCCCAGAUCGAAAACGAAGUUAAACUGGACAGGCUUGACUCGAAUAUCAUCAACCGAGUGUUGUCCCGACUUUGCUCUAGGUUCUCAAAGAAAUACCUUGAUGUUGAAUACUUGCUUCAAGAGACCUUAUUGCGAGAUGCUGCCAUAGUGAGGCAUGAGAGAAGAAAUUCUGUGAAAGAUAAAAAUGAUUUCCAGAUCGAGAAGAAGGCCCUAGAAAUCAUACGUUAUCUGAUGAUUCUGAACAAACAACUAACUCACAAGUUAAACGAAUCAACUUGUGUCUCGUUAUGGAAUCAUAUUUGGGAUAUCUUGUUCGAUGGAACGGACAUUUAUUUUGAUACGAAGGACCUAGCCUCCACCUCUACAAAAGCCGAAAUGUUGGCUCAUGAAAUUGCUCUUGGUCCUAUACCUUCACAGGUUUUGAAUAAUGAAAGAAAGACAAUCAUGUUACUAAGAGGAAGGGAUGGAUCGGUGUCCGGACAUGCGUACCUACGAGAGUAUGCUUUUAAUGAACACAAACCUUUCUCUGAAAGCCAGUCUAGACCGAACUCUAUCCCCACACAGCUAUUGAGUUUGAACCGUAGUGUCUGUAAAUGGGCUUUACCGGACCGGACCCUAAUUUUCAUUGAUGCAUAUGGAAUGAAGGCUACCGUUCAUGGUAUGAAAAUCAUCGAUGGUUUCUUUGGAACAAAACCAUUGGGGGAUAUCAUGCUUCCAACCACCAAAUAUGAACUUAAGGAGUUUUUGGAGGGGGAUUCAUUGAAGCUUCUCUUCCGCUACAAGGAGCACAUGUGCAGUUAUGUUGAAAAUUCGCGGUUACAAUCACUCACGUGGUAUUGUUAGGCGUAAAGGAGAUCUGUUUAGGUUCCUAAGCAAAAAGAUUAAGACAUCGCUAGCUUGGCCUCAAAAGGAGGAAGGCACCAGAGAUUUUUUUAAUGGGGCAUAUUGAUCAAGAUAAUGCAGUCGAUAGUUUCGUCCGCACAGAUGUUUGUAAUAAAG